GUGUUUUCAAAUGGAGACUUAAUCUCAGUUCUGUGUGGUAAACGGGGAUUCAAGGAGCUCCAGUCCACUGUUAACCCCUCGCUGCUCUCCACCCCGGGGGGCUGCCUCUCUCUCACUUUCCACUCCGACUUCUCCAACACCAAGAGACACACCGGCUUCAAAGGGUUUUAUACCCUUCAAGACUUUGACGAAUGUGUGAACGACGAAGACAGCGGAUGCACUCAGUUCUGUCACAACUACAUUGGAGGAUACCACUGCUCCUGUCGCCACGGUUACCACCUGGACGUGGACAAACGCACUUGCACAGUGGCUUGCGCAGAGGAUCUGUCGGGGCUGAAGGAAGGGGAAAUCUCCAGCCCCUCGUGGCCGGCUUCAUACGCAGAGAAUGCACACUGUCAGUACUCUCUGUCUGUGGAGCCCACCCUGCAGCUGGAGCUGCUCUUCAGCCAAGUGUUCGAUGUGGAGCAGAGCCCUGAUGGGCAGUGCAUUGACACACUGAGGAUUGAGACUCACUCUGAGACUCUGGGGUCGUUCUGCGGCAACACGCCUCCCCCCGCUCCCUUUCUCACUCACUCUCAUCGUGUUCAAAUCCACUUCACCUCUGAUGGCUACGGCACUAACAAAGGCUUCAGUCUGGCCUUCAGGACCAGAGAUAAGGUGUGUCCGGCGGUGGUGAGCUCUGACUCCACUGUGACGCCUCAGCAGGCAGAGUAUCGUCGGGGGGAAACAGUGACAGCAACUUGUGAUCUAGGCUAUGUCGCAAAUACUCAAGGCACCCAGGCCCUGAUAACACAGUAUGAGACAACAUGCCAGGACAUAGGCGAAUGGAAUCCCAAUUACAAAUGUGAACCUGUUGAUUGCGGUUAUCCUGAGAUCCCAGAAGAUGGCAUCCUUCAGCUGGUGGAGUCAGAUAAGACCCAGACAAAGUACAAAGAGCAGAUCCAGUUUCACUGCAGCUCAAAGUACUACACACUGGAAGGAGAUGACACGUACACCUGCAGCGCCAGUGGUGAUUGGGCAUCAGGGAGUGGCAACACAGAGACGCCAAAAUGCAUUGAAGUGUGCGGGAAGCUUGACAGACGCAUAGGAAGUGCCGGCAGAAUUGUUGGAGGUAAGGAUGCAAUCCUGGGAGAGAUACCUUGGCAGCUUCUGAUUACGGGUCGGGGCAGAGGAGCAGCGACUCUGAUCAGUGACCGAUGGGCUGUCACAGCAGCUCAUGUGGUGGAAAAGGGGGAGGUAGAAGCUACCCGUGCGUACGGUGGACUGGUAGACGGAGGAACAGAAGUUAUAUCGCCUAAAGGAGUUCUCUUGGACAUUGAGAGGAUCAUCAUUCAUCCCAACUACAUGCCGGACCGCAACCAUUACGACCAUGAUAUUGCUCUUAUCAGAUUCUCUUCCAGGGUGAAUUUGGGCCCAAACCUCCUUCCCGUCUGUCUGCCGCAGUCUAACAGGGGCUUGGUGGACGGUGAACUAGGCACGGUGUCAGGCUGGGGGGGGACGGAGACUGCAUACAUUUCUCAAAGCCUGAAAUACGCUCAUAUUAAUGUCUACUCCUCUACAGUGUGUCAAAAUACACUGAAAAAACCCAUGAUGUUCACCCGUAACAUGUUCUGUGCUGGAUCUGCUACAGCGGACAGCUGCAGGAGGGACAGCGGGGGUCCACUGGUGAUGCCCAUGGUGUCUGAAGGCAAUGAGCCCUACUAUCUGACCGGCAUUGUGUCCUGGGGAGCCAGGUGUGUUCAUAAGCAGUUCAAGGGUUACUAUGUCAAGGUGGAGAAUUAUGUACCCUGGAUCAAGGAGACAAUAGAUUCAGUCGAGCAAUCCUAGAAGGAGACGGAAGAGGGAGAGAAUACUUUUUUACUAACCUUUAUAUCGUUAUAAUCCAAGACUGAUUCAGAUCUUAGAAUAGACUAUACUAUUGUAAUGACGUAUCAACAUUAAUAACAUUAAGCAUGAUCUUCUUACUAUACUUUUGUAUUAAACACAUUUGCAAAUAUACUGCAGAGAAUGUGGGCUUUAACCAACUUCAUAACACGAUGUGUAUUUGUUAUCAGCUUAUACACACUGUCUGUAACUUGGCAUCCAUUCCCUGGAAUACUUCAUUAUUUCAUGAUUGAACUGUAAAUCAAAAUGUUUUGAGCGCUGUGUGUUUCACUGAUACUGAAGUGCUCUCACAUGACAAGCAAUAAACUUCAUAACUCAUG